GCCUGCAACUCCAGCUCCCAGGGCUGCUCCCGGGCCUUUGCUCCAGCCAUGAAGAUGCACUUCUGUAUCCCGGUGUCCCAGCAGCGGCGGGACGCGCUAGGGGGUCGUUACGUGCUGUACUCGGUGUACCUGGACGGGUUCCUCUUCUGCAAGGUACGCUUUAGCCAGAUGCAUCAGUGGAACGAACAGCUGAGACGGGUGUUUGGAAACUGCCUGCCCCACUUUCCACCAAAGUACUAUCUAGCAAUGACCACAUCCAUGGCUGAUGAGAGGAGGGACCAGUUGGAACGGUACCUGCAAAAUGUAACUGCAGACCCAAAUGUGUCAAGAAGUGAUGUGUUCAUUGAGUUUUUAACACUGGUACAGCUGGAACCCUACCAGGAAAGGCUCCAUGAAGAACAGUCAAAGCCCAGCGGCAAAAGUAAAAAGAACACUUUUAACAUCACAACCAGGAAAGUUUCUCUGGAUGUAUUUCUGCCCAAUGGAAGGGGCAUUAAAGUGGAAAUUCUAACAUCAGAUACAGCUGAAAGAGUCCUAGAGGUGGUAUCACACAAACUUGGACUGCAUCCAGAGCUCUUGGGCUACUUUGGCCUCUUUCUUAUUCGGUGUUUCAAGGAAGGAAAACUCUCUGUCGUGAAGAAGUUGGUGGACUUUGAACUACCUUACGUUAGUCUUCAGAAUUCUGAAGUGGAAAACUGUAAGGUUGGACUCAGAAAGUGGUACCUGGACCCUGCCCUUGACUCCGUGAUGAUGGAUUGCAGAGCUGCUAGAGACUUGCUGUAUAUGCAGGCAGUACAGGAUAUUGAAAUCGAAUGGGCAAAGCCCACACAGGCACAGAGGGAGGAAUUAAAGGCAUUCCAGAAGGAAGAGCAUCAAACAAAGUUUUUGGAGCUGUCCCGGGAGGUCCAGCACUAUGGGUGCAUGCAACUGGAUUCCUGUACCUGUGACCACCCGGAACCAGGCUGUGGGGCAGUGCUUUCUAUUGGCAAUAGCGAGAUCAACUGCUGCAUAACUCUACCUGACGGCCAGACCCAGGAUGUCAUUUUCCAUAUGAACAGGGUGAAGUGCUGGCAGGUCACUUUCCAUGGAACUCUGUUGGAUAUGGAUGGGCCCCAGCGAACUCUCAGCCAGAACUUAGAGCUGAAAUUUCAGUACAGGGAGGAUAGCUGCUGGCAGUGGUUCGUUAUUUACACCAAACAGGCUUUUUUGCUGAGUAGCUGCUUGAAGAAGAUGGUCUCAGAGAAGAUGGCAAAGCUAGAUGCAGAGAAUCCAGAAAUGCAGAUUGAAGUUCCAGAACAAGGAAAAAGUAAGAAAUACCACACUCAACCAAGCCAGUCUCAGAAAGACUUUUUUCGUUUUCUACUAAGAAAAAGCAAGAUUAAGAAAGCUGAAGGUGACCGUGUUUGGGGGACCAUAACAGAAGAAGAUCUCUGAAGUCUCAGCUUUUAAAAUGUCUCCUAGGCCUGUCUGAAGACCGUGCCAGGACUUGGGGAGGGGAGAUGGGCUUCCCAACAUCAGGAAUUUUCUCAACUUCUUUCCACUUCCUUUGACACUGAAGUAAACUGUAUCCAUCAGACAGCUGCAGCUACUGUAAACCACAGGAUUGCAAAGGUAGAGGAACUAAAGCCAUAGAGUGUGUUUUAGUGACAGACAACAAGUUCAAAUGGGUAAGCAGGGAGUUCAUUCUAUUUGUGUCCCUAAGGUAGAUGCUUACUUGGCUUCAUGGAGUCUUUGUAUAGUCUGAUAUCAUACGAACAGUUCUAAAAUCAUGUGAAUGCAUUUGGGGUCAAGUUCUAAAGACAUUAUUCAUCAGCUGGGAAAAAUAUAGCUGUGACUAGGAAAAGGAAUCAUUGGAAAAGAAAGCAGGUGUCUCAGACCUAUCCAGAAAGCAAGAACAGAUGGUAAAAUGCUGCCCUGCUUCCUAACCUACUCGUGAGUCCAAUAUAGAAGAUUUCAAUGUGACAGGCUGCCCAGGCAAACAACACCAGAGUCAAAGCAGCAGGUGGCCGAGGCCCGAGUUCCCCACUAUAUGGCUGUGCUUUAUCCUUAGAACUGAGUUCAAUUCAAUAACCAUCAUGCCAAUUUGAAUAUUUUUAUUUUGGAAAGCAAUAAGUUCCUGCACCAACAUCAAAUAUAAAUCUCUUAACUUUAAAAAUGUGUAUUUUUCCAUGUUUUCCUUAUUCAGUUUCAAUUUUAUUAUAAUAAUUAUGAUGCAAUUGUGUGCGGGAUUAAGACCACAAUAAAGAAAAGGGAAGGAGGAAUGUACACAAAACAAAUAGAAAAAAGUGUAAUAUUCUAAUGUUCUUUUUCUGGGUUGUAUAACUAAUGAUAAAAUAAAUAUGAAAUAU